UCCAGUCGUUUUGUAUGACUUUUGGUUUUGCCGGCUCACCUCUCUUUUAUAUAUUCGUGUUAUUUUAUGUUCGAUGUAGUUUAUCUAGUAGACAGCGCCAUGUUGCACCAAACACCGGCUCAGCAGUUCGCUGCGGUUGGAGACCUCGUGGAGACUUUCUGUUCCUCCAGCGCAUGCGUCGUAGACACGGAUCUGCUGCGCUGGUUCAUGAAGAAGGACAGCGAGGUGAUCGCUCUGAACACGAGCUGCAAGGCAGGUCCCGGGUGCAGGGUCACUACGAGAGGAGCGAGCAAUGGGGACUGCGGGCUGACCAUCCGGGACGUGCAGCCCGUCGACUCCGGGGUCUAUUACUGCGCUGAAUACAGUUCUAACGCCCUGGAGUUCUCAAACGGGUCUUUAUUGAUCGUCAGAGACAGUUUUAUGGAGAAUGCUUCUGUGUCUAUCCUGGUCCCCGUUGCCCCCGCCAGCGCGCUCGAUUCGGAGCGGACGCUGACAUUAGUCUGCCUGGCCCGGGGCUUCUCCUCGCCCCUGAUCCGGUUUCAGUGGUUCAUCUCCGGUAGCCUCACGGCGGCACCAGCUCCGCACUCCGGUAUCAAAGAGACGGGCGGAGGCGGAGAGAGCUACAGCGCCACGAGCAGGCUGACAAUCCCGGCGGAGACGUGGCAGAGCGGGGCGGUGUGCGCCUGUGGAGCGCAAUUGAACUCGAGCACCGUCAUCCGCAGCAGGGAGAUCUCAUACACAGCGGGAGAGUCCUGUCAUGUGUACUAUGGCACAAUAGCAAGAGUCGCCCUGGUCUCUGCGCUGCCAGCUUUCCUCCUGGGUUUUACGUGUUUUUCAAUCUGCAGUAAAAAAGAGGAGACUGCGGAUUCCUCGACCCGCAGAGCUGAAAACCCAAAGAGCGGCAGAAAGCAGAGAAAACUGUGAGCCAGUACUGCAAGAUCAAUGGACCAGUACCAGUGCUGCAAGAUCAAUGGACCAGUACUGCAAGAUCAAUGGACCAGCACCAGUACUGCAGGAUCAAUGGACCAGCACACACUGCAAGAUCAACCAGCUUUCAGCCUUAGUGUGUAGAUUCUGCAGCGUUACAUGUGUUCAAUAAGCCAUGCCAGCUACAACGCGCACCCGUUUAAUAGCUUCCGGUAUAGAGUUUAGAAAGAUGUCUGCAAAUGUAACCCUCUGUGUUCUAAAUGCUGAUCUUAUUUUUUUAAGCUAGAAACAUGAACUUGAAAAAAAAUCUGACAAGUCUUCUGAUAUGCAAACGUAUACAAAAAUACCAGAUUCUUGACAUUUCCACUUCGACUCGAGGAGACUGUUGAGGUCCUGAAAGAAAGUGUUGCAGUUAAAAAAACACACAAGAUCAGCUCUUCAAAUCUGCUCUUCUGCUGCUUUGCUUUUAUGGACUAAUAAAAAGUUCAACAAAACAAAUAUAUAAAGUGUCUGUUUUAUUUGUAAGUGCAUAAACAUCUAUUUUAAUACAGUCUAUUUCUUAAUACUGUUUCUGCUUAUCAUAAUAAAGCUUACCAUGCCUAAGUUAAUAUUGGGCUGUCCAAGAUCAGUGCUAAUCGGGGUCUAUGAAAAAAAGA